AUGGAGUUCGAUAAAAGGCCGAAUGUCUUCUCGUCUAUUCUCUUGCCUUUGCCGAUCAAACAACCAGCAGGGAGUAAUCUCAUGUCGGAGGCUCAUAUGAUCUUCAAGAGCGAUGAGGCGCCCGUAAUCACUCUGGUGAUGCUUAAUGUUCGAAUCUUGUUGUUCCUCGACUGGCUAAAUGAUGCUAAGAAUUUCUUGCUGCUCAACACAGAUUUCAUAGCACCAGGCUAG